AUGUCAAUACCAACCUCUACAUCAUCCACCGCUAUGCUUCCCACAGUCAUCGCCGUCUCGAUCGCCUCGCUCACCGUGGGCUACUUUGCCGGCAUGGGACGCUCCCUUGUCUCGUACAACGCCAACUCCCGACGCAUCAACUCGGCUCCUUCCGACGACGAUGACUCGGGCCUCGACUCGGAAGAUGAGCUCGCGGCCAUCUCGGACAACUACAAAUCUUCGGGUGCAGGGCUUGAAUCAGAAGAGUGCAAGAUGAUCCUGGCUGUAAGGAUGGACAUCAAGAUGGAGAAGGGCAAGAUUGCCGCGCAGUGUGGUCACGCUACCUUGGCAGCGUACAAGUUGGCCAAGAAGGUGACGCCCAGAUUUGUCAAGCAGUGGGAAAGGAGAGGCCAGGCCAAAGUCGCGGUCAAGUGUCCUGAUGAGGAAAAGAUGCUCGAGCUGGAGGCCAAAGCGAACGAGUUGGGCAUUGCUGCGAGGAGCAUCAUUGAUGCUGGUCGCACACAAAUUGCGCCAAACACACGCACAGUCCUCGGCCUCGGCCCAGCACCCGUCUCGCUCAUGAACCAGCUCACAGGUCACCUCAAGCUUCUCUAG